UUUCCUGUUAAGUCUUUUCUUCACUUCCGUCGAGCUCCGCCUCGCCGUUUGUCCCUUGCGGCUACCCGUCUGCCUACAAAUCUAGCCCGGGAACCGAGUUAGGGGAGGGCGGUCUGUGCCGUUCCGGCUAGGAGUUUGCCGACUCCAGACGUCCUGCGAACCGGCAAGAUGUGCUCCCUGGGGUUGUUCCCUCCUCCACCGCCUCGGGGUCAAGUCACCCUAUAUGAGCACAAUAACGAGCUGGUGACGGGCAGUAGCUAUGAGAGCCCGCCCCCCGACUUCCGGGGCCAGUGGAUCAAUCUUCCUGUCCUACACCUGACCAAGGAUCCCCUAAAGACCCCUGGAAGGCUGGACCAUGGCACAAGAACUGCCUUCAUCCAUCACCGGGAGCAAGUGUGGAAGAGAUGCAUCAACAUUUGGCGUGAUGUGGGCCUUUUUGGGGUGCUAAAUGAAAUUGCAAACUCAGAAGAAGAGGUGUUUGAGUGGGUGAAGACGGCAUCCGGCUGGGCCCUGGCACUCUGUCGAUGGGCCUCUUCCCUCCAUGGGUCCCUGUUCCCCCAUCUGUCUCUCAGGAGUGAAGAUCUGAUUGCUGAAUUUGCCCAAGUCACAAAUUGGUCCAGCUGCUGCUUGCGUGUCUUUGCGUGGCACCCCCACACCAACAAGUUUGCAGUGGCCCUGCUAGAUGACUCAGUCCGUGUGUAUAAUGCCAGCAGCACCAUAGUCCCCUCCCUGAAGCACCGGCUGCAGCGAAAUGUGGCGGCUCUGGCCUGGAAACCUCUUAGUGCCUCUGUCUUGGCUGUGGCCUGCCAGAGCUGCAUUCUCAUCUGGACCCUGGACCCCACCUCCUUGUCUACCCGACCCUCUUCUGGCUGUGCCCAAGUGCUGUCUCACCCUGGGCAUACACCUGUUACUAGCUUGGCCUGGGCCCCCAGUGGGGGGCGGCUGCUCUCAGCUUCACCCGUGGAUGCUGCUAUCCGGGUAUGGGAUGUCUCAACAGAGACCUGUGUCCCCCUUCCCUGGUUUCGAGGAGGUGGGGUGACCAACCUGCUCUGGUCCCCAGAUGGCAGCAAAAUCCUGGCUACCACUCCUUCAGCUGUCUUUCGAGUCUGGGAGGCCCAGAUGUGGACUUGUGAGAGGUGGCCUACUCUAUCAGGGCGCUGUCAGACUGGCUGCUGGAGCCCAGAUGGAAACCGACUGCUGUUCACUGUAUUGGGAGAGCCACUGAUUUACUCCCUGUCUUUUCCAGAACAAUGUGGUGAGGGAAAGGGGCGCGUUGGAGGUGCAAAGUCAGCAACAAUUGUGGCAGAUCUGUCUGAGACAACAAUACAGACACCAGAUGGUGAGGAGAGGCUUGGGGGAGAGGCUCACUCCAUGGUCUGGGACCCCAGUGGGGAGCGUCUGGCUGUGCUCAUGAAAGGAAACCCAAGAGUACAGGAUGGUAAACCAGUCAUCCUCCUUUUUUGCACUCGAAACAGCCCUGUGUUUGAGCUCCUUCCCUGUUACAGAGGGCAGAAGAUGGGCAAGCUAAAACUGAGAACUGAACUCAACAGCCUACCUGCAAGAAAUACAGCUGACUGAACCUAAGCUUUGACUUAUAAACAAGUAAGUGUCUGUCCUCAGUAAUGUGAGACCUGACUUGCAUGCCAGGGCCACUAGCCAUAUUCCUUCCCCAACAGCAGGAAGCUGCUUGCAGGGGACACUGGUGGAAUCCAAAGACAGUUUCAUAAUACAACUCUUCCCAGCUGAGCUUCCCAAUUUAUGUGCCACUAGUGAAUUACAGGAGUGCCUAAUAUACGCUUCCCUCAACCUUCAGGGCAGCCAGAACCUCUGAGCCAUUUGCUUCACACAUAAGCAGUCUCCCCUCCGUUUACCCAAAGGUGCUGAGCAAUUGCUGUUUGUGUUUGUCAAGAAAAAGACGGGGUCAUGCUGCUUUAUGGUUUUCAAAGCCCUUUCCCAUAUAUUACAGCACCCACUUCUCACAACCACCCCAGGAUGUAGGCAGGGGAGGUAUCACCAUGCCCUUGUGAGAUGAGCCUGACUGAGGGAGAGGAUGAGUGUUGGGCCUGCUAUAGGCCAGGAACCCUGCCCCGGGGCCCAGUGCUGAGUGCUGUGUGAGCAUUGCUCCCAGGUGGUCUGCCAGAAAUGCAUGUGGGAGGCAUCUCUGUCCUCAGGUCCCCACCUUGUCAUAGAGGGUGCCCACCAUGCUGUCCUCUUCACUAGUGCCCAGCAACUGGGCCAGCAGCUUGUGCCCGAAGUGCAGAUAGAUGAGUCCCGCACUGCUCAGCUUGGUCUGCCAUGGCUUCCCAGGGGACAGGGAGCUCA